AUGCGCGUUGAACAAAGUGCGGUAGGAUUCAUCGUUGCGUCGGCCAUCCUCUUGUCGACUCCUUGCGGGUGUCUUGUAUCAACUCCCAGGGCAGUCGGAUACUCGCUCUGCGUGAAGGGCAGGGAAGCUCCUCAUGCUGGGCUCGUCCUGAGGAUGAGUGGAGGGGAGGAGGAGGUACCCCCCCUCCCUCCCGGCUGGGAGGAGCGAGUGCAUGCGUCGGGGAGGGUCUACUACGUCAACCACAACGACAAGACAACGACGUGGGACAGGCCGAGGCCUCAGCCUGCCUUCUCUUCCAGCAAAGAUGCCCAGAAUGCGGUCAAGGGUUUCGUGGAGAGUUACAACAUGAAGCUCAAGACCAAGUUCGGCAGCAUGCAGAGUGAGAGCAGCGCUGGGAAAUCGCUCUCCGACAUCCUCCGUGCCGUGUCGGAGCCCAGCAGGCCCGACGAGAGGCCAGCGUUGUUGGGAGAUCUUCUCUUCCUCCUUGGGUACAACAUCUCCUUCGGCCUCGCCAUCCUCUUGUUCUCGCUCCCUAACGCUCUGGGCAUCAGCAGGAUCUUCCCAGGGCUCAGCCUCCUGCUCGGCCUACCCCAGCUCCUCGUCUCUAUCCAGAUCGGCCUGAGCUUCGAACGCCCCUGGCUGCCGUCCUUCCUCCUCAACCUCCCGAUCCAGGGCUCCAACCUCGGCAGCCUCUGCUCUUCUCUCGUGGCCCCAAUGUGUCACUCCCUGGAGCAGGUCCUCCGCCCGCGCCUUAGCUUCGCUGUGAACCUCCUCGGCCGCCUCCCCAUGUCUGUGCUCCUUGCGCUCCUCAGCUAUCCCUUCGGCAGCCAGAUGAAGGCGAUCACGAUGGGGGUGAUGGGGCUGGGGAUGGUGAUGAGGGACGGGCUGCUCUUCAUCGGCUCCAUGCUCUUCGUCCUGCUGUCCUUCGGAGCGAUCAAGUUUGUCCUCCUUUGCAGCUUGGUUGGUUUCCUCUCCGUCUACAGGCAAGUGCCGACCUCCGAGGCACUUGCGGGCUCGUGGGUAGCAAGUUUGCUUCCUGUUGGGCAGUCUCUUGCCAAAUCCUUGUAA